AUGAGCGGGCGCAGGUGUCAUGUUCAAGACAAGCGCCAUCAUGUUUCUGAGGAUAUUACAUUUGAUUUAGCCACCGAGCUUCGCGCGGCGACAAGGGACCUCCACAAUGCCCUAAAUUCUACCAUUAUCCAUCGACUACCCCUCGGUCUCCCACCAGUAGCCACCUCCCCACAACUGUACGGCCUAGGAAUCUCCCGUUUUGCCAGAUUAUACAAUGUCCUCGAGAGCGAAUGGGCCGGUUAUAUUACUUCUCCCCAGCGCAACACUGCCGCGGACACUAAGUAUCGAGCCAUUCUUGAUAGCGCCUUUAUGUUAGAGAUUGCCCGUAGUCGACGGCUCUCUUCUGAUCUCGCGAAUCUCAGGGCCGUGUGGGGUGAGAUAGACAGCCCGUGCAACGAUGCCGCCCUCCGUCGCGCAGUCGACCACAUCUCAGCCUCGAUCAAGGCCAAGCCAUAUGUCGUUCUGGCGUAUGCAUGGAUCAUGUACAUGGCGCUUUUCAACGGGGGUCGAUGGAUUCGAGAACAGCUGGUAAGAGCGGGGCCGGGGUUCUGGUUUGUCGCGAGCACGUCAGAGAAGCGGCUUUCUUCGGAGUCGGUUAAACAGUCGUGUUUGUCAUUUUGGUAUUUUGAUGGCGACGAGGAUGGCGAGGAUUUGAAGAAUCUCUUCAAGGCAAAGCUGACCACGGCAUCCAUGUGUCUAACGAAGAAGGAAACCGAGGAUGUAGUCGUCGAGGCGCAGGCGUUGUUCCAGCAUAUCCUAAACAUUGUUCUGGAAAUCGAUACGGUUGCUCAGUCGCGUCACCCGCAGUCUCUAGCUAUUCAAAGGAACUCUUUGUCGAGCUUUGAUCCCUUUCUGAUUAUGUUUGUUUUAAUCAUGGGAGGGUUCUUUGGGCAUUAUCUUGGCCUCCAGACUUCUGUUACUAAGAUAUUUAAUAAUUAA